AUGAAUCUUGUAUUUCUUUUGGUUUGGGCGUCCUGCUGCUUGGCCUUCUCGCUUAACGAGAACAAAACGUACCAAUUAACCGCCCAGAACUCGGCCACGCCGGCCACGGAGUUCGCCGAGCUCUAUUUCACCAACAGAUGGAGACUUAAAGAUACAGCCCAGUUGCCGGACGACGUGUACUGCGUCGGUUUGGCCUUCGAAUCGGAGCCUGUUUUCCCAUGUUUCAACACCAAACAGCUCAACUUCCCAUUGAACGACACCCUGGUCGUGGAAGUGUACAAUAACGAAGUUUCUGCUUUGUCGUUGCUCGAAUCGGAUAACGCCCAAAAGUCGAUCGUCAAGGUGGUGUCGCCACAAAUAAUCUACCCUCCGCGCGAAGACCCUCCGCAAGACCACAAAGCCGCUCCUGUUGCAGAAAAAUCCUUUAUUCAGAAAUAUUGGAUGUACAUCGUGCCGCCGCUAAUAAUUCUGAUGGUUAUGUCUCCAGAAUAG